UGCACGGCGGCGUCCCUUCUCCUCGCGUAGUCGCGAUUCGGUUCCGUCCGCGUGCGCCUUCUCAGCCGCCGUAACGCGCUGUCCGCCCCGGGCAACAUGGGAAGGAAGUGAAGUUUGCCGCUUUGGGAACAAUUGAAAGCCACCAGUGAAAGUUAAUAACGUCAGAAACUACUGUGAGCUGAAUUGUCAUUUGAGGAAUGGAGUGCCAGUGUGUCCGGCACCAGUGAUCAGGCCUGCUGCUCCAGCCAGGAGACUCCAGUGGUGACAUCCUGUGGAGCCAGAGAUCAAAGGCAAGGAGGCUGUUUUACCACAGCAGGAACUGAAGAUUGCUUUAAAUAAGCAAGUCCUUGUAGAAGGUCUUUAAGUCAUGAUGCAAGAAUCUGGGGCGGAGGCGACGAGCAACGGACCAGCCAGUCAAAAUGGAGGUGCAAGCGUGGAGGGCAGUUCCAGAGAAGGGCGACCCAAGAGCGCCACGCCGUCAAUGGAGGUGACUGCAGCUGACCUGCUGCAUCUCCAGCAGCACCAGGCUCUCCAAGUGGCUCGGCAGAUAUUCCUCCAUCAGCAGCAGCAGCAGCAGCAGCAGCAGCCUCACUCACAUCAAGUCCAGUCUCAACAAAACACUGGCAGCAAAUCUCCCAAAGUCAAUGACAAGCAGCAGAGUCUACAGGUUCCAGUUUCAGUGGCUAUGAUGACACCUCAAGUGAUAACUCCGCAGCAGAUGCAGCAGAUCCUUCAGCAGCAAGUCCUGAGCCCUCAGCAGCUCCAGGUUCUUCUCCAGCAGCAACAGGCCCUCAUGUUACAGCAGCAGCAACUCCAAGAGUUCUAUAAGAAGCAGCAGGAACAGCUCCACCUCCAGCUCCUACAGCAGCAACAGCAGCAGCAGCAGCAUGCAGGCAGCAAGCAGAGCAAAGAGCAGCAGGUGUCAGCACAGCAGUUGGCCUUCCAGCAGCAGCUCCUGCAGGUCCAGCAGGUCCAGCAGCAGCAUCUCCUCAACCUUCAGAGGCAAGGGCUGCUCACCAUCCAGCCUGGACAGACCGGCCUGCCACUGCACUCCCUCACUCAGGGCAUGAUUCCAGCCGAGCUGCAGCAACUGUGGAAGGAGGUGACAAAUGCUCACGUGAAAGAGGAGCACAACAACAACCACAGCAGCAGCAACAACAAUGGCCACCGGGGCCUUGACCUGUCUUCCCCGGCAACGCCAAAGAACCCUCUUCUCAACCAUCACGCCUCCACCAAUGGCCAAUACAUGAGUCACAAGAGAGAAGGAUCCACGUUAGAAGAGCCUUCUCACAACAGCCACCCUCUCUACGGUCAUGGUGUUUGCAAAUGGCCUGGAUGUGAAGCCGUGUUUGAUGAUUUCCAUUCAUUCCUCAAGCAUCUUAACAAUGAGCACGCCCUGGAUGACAGGAGCACGGCCCAGUGUCGGGUGCAAAUGCAGGUCGUACAACAGCUGGAGCUGCAGCUAGCAAAAGACAAAGAGCGUCUGCAAGCCAUGAUGACACACCUUCAUGUCAAGUCCACGGAGCCCAAAGCCACGCCACAGCCGCUCAACCUGGUGUCCAGCGUCACACUGUCCAAGUCGGCCCACGAGGCCUCCUCUCCCCUGAGCCUGCCCCAGACCCCGACCACACCCACCACCCCCCUCACGCCACUGUCCCAGACCCACUCCGUCAUCACAGCCAACAGCCUGCACAGCGUGGCCCCCAGGCGGCGGUUUUUCUCAGAAAAGUACAACAUGCCCAUCUCUCCAGGUACAGACUAUAUCAAUCAGAACAAAGACUUUUACAUGAAUGCAGAUGUUCGACCACCGUUCACAUACGCCUCACUAAUAAGACAGGCAAUCCUCGAAUCUCCAGAAAAGCAGCUAACACUAAACGAAAUCUACAACUGGUUCACACGAAUGUUUGCAUAUUUUAGGCGCAACGCGGCGACGUGGAAGGGUGCCAUUCGCACCAACCUAUCCCUGCAUAAGUGCUUUGUGAGAGUAGAGGAUGAGUUUGGGUCCUUUUGGACCGUUGAUGAAGAGGAGUUUAAGCGCGGCCGCCAUAUACAGCGAGGCCGCCCUCGGAAAUACGCCACAGACGAGAGCUUUGACGAGCUGCUUGUACAAAGUCCAGCCUUAGUGAAGAACAUUCAGACCAGCCUGGGCUAUGGUCCGACCCUCUCUGCAGCCUUCCAGGCUUCAAUGGCAGAAAACAACAUACCUCUAUACACUACUGCUUCCAUUGGAAGUCCUACCCUCCACUCCCUGGCCCACGCCAUCCGCGAGGAGAUGAAUGGAGCGAUGGACCAUGGAAACAGCAACGGCAGUGACAGCAGCCCGGGACGCUCACCCCUGCCAGCUAUGCAUCACAUCAGCGUUAAGGAGGAACCACUGGACCCUGACGACCAUGAAGGGCCCCUCUCUCUGGUAACGACUGCCAAUCACAGUCCGGAUUUCGAUCACCACAGAGAUUACGACGACGACCAGGGCCACGACGACAUGCUGUAAAGGCUAAGCAUGCCGGCCCCCUCUCUCCCACCUCCCUCCCCCCCUCUCCUCCCCAGCCUCAGAGGCCGAGACAGUCUGGGUCAUCUGGGAGACGGAAAAGCUCUCUCCCCAGAUAACAAACACUGAACUGCAGUCUCAGCCACUGAUGACAGCUCUCAAAUGUCUCCAAGUCAACUUUCUAGUGCCAUUACAAUACAUAGCAAAAAGACACUGAGGAAGAAAAAAAAAACAACCCACAGAUUACAGUCCACACCCCCCCCCCCCCCCCCCUCAUUUCUUUCUACUUUUGAUUUAAGUAAAGCUUAAAAAGUGAAACUUUCCUUUCCACACGCGUCUCGGAUGGACUUAUUUGGUACGGGGGGAGGGACGACGUGUUUCACCGUCAGACUCUGGGAGACUCUCGCCGCACAGCCAGGGCGAACCGCGAUCUGUGGACUGCAAAGAGGGGUUGAGUCUCUCUCCCCCACUCACACUCUCUCUCUCGCUUUCUUUCUUCUCUCUAUCUCUCCAUUCUUCUCGCAGACACACACAUCUGACCACAGACGGAGCAGAGAGAGAGAAACAAUGACUGACAUUUAAUUUACACCGUGUGUAUGUGUGUGUGUGUGCGUGCGUCCGUGUGAAAGGGAGAGUGAGCGAGUGGAGACCUCUGUUCAUUGUCACUGCCUUCAACACUUCUCAUUGGUUUGAUUCCAUCUACGAUGGGAGGGAUGUCCUUUUAAUUUGGGUGUAUUUUGUGUUGGGGAUGUGAGAGGUUAUAAAAUAUCAACAUUAUGUUUUUGUUUUUUUUUAUCAUCAUUUAGUGCUGUUAUUGUUGCAUCUUUUUUGUUGUUGUUGUUGUUGUUCCUUAAACUGAUCAGACCUCAUGCCCAUGCUGUGGAGAUUCUGUGUGGUCAGCACUUGAUGAUGAAUGUUUAUGAUUUCCAUUCAUGUUGUCCUUUUUAAACACAAACACAAACACACAUGAAGCAGAAUGUCAGAUACCGAGCAGUAUUUUUCUGUCAUUUAUUCCAAAAUCACCAUCAUGGGAAAAAAACAAAAAACAAAAAACAAAGUCACCACUCUGACAUGUCAACCACCCUCCCCCCCCUUUUCUCCUCCUCCUCCUUGUCAUGAAGUCUAUUGGCAAUGCACUACUCGUAAUGAAGGCUCUCUCCACGCAUCAAUGAAGCUUAAUUUAAGAUGCGAAUGAAUGACAGAGAAAUCAUGCAGGUUAUGGUUUAUCCUUAUGAAAUUAUACUUUAAAACAGCCCUCGCGACAGAGCGUGCUUUGCUGCAACAGAAUUUCUGAUCACCUACGAGCUGCAGGCUUUUUUCUUUUCUUUUUUUUUUUAACAGCAGAAUGAAAAUGUCAGGUGUGCACUGGCGAGAUAAUGAUUUAGACCAACUAAUUGUGAUUUCUGAACACAACUGUCAUUGUUAAUCACACUGUGUCUGCUUUUCCACUCCGUGAUUUCAUUCAGAGCUUGAAGAUAAACGUGCAUUCCCCGUAGUUUUAUUUGUAUGCCGCGCAUGACUAGUUUUAAAAUCUAGUGAUUGUUCAUAAUUGCACACCGGAUGAAAAAUGCUCAUUUCUUUUUUUUUUUUUCUACAAGGGAACAAAGUCCCGAAGACUUGCAAUAAAGACUGACACGUUGCACAUUCCAGCAUUUGACAGCCAUCGUCGGGGGGCCUGUGUGUGCCGUUUAGCGAACCUCCAUGUUCAUAGUGGCCCGGAAACAACAGUAGUUUUAUUCCACGACAUUCAAUUGAGCGAAAUCCACAUGUGGUUUUGUAAGGCAGCAGCAAAAAAAAGUUACAGCUUUGAUUGAGUUAAAAAAAAAAAAAAUCUUUUUACAGAGACCAUGAAUUUCAAGACUGCAAUCAACCACUUUUAAUUCUUUUUUUUUAUUUAUUAUUAGUAUUAUUGUUAUUAUUUGAUGUUUUAUUUUGGCUUUGAUUUGUUUGAAUAUCAUGUUCUGUGACUACCAAAGAUAAACUACAAAAUCAAUGUUGUGUGUUCCAUGCAAUAGCAGACGAGGCCAAAUAUUCUCUCCUCCAUUCUCAUCCCGCUGUGCGAUCUCAGAGUCGGUGGCAGAAGUGUGAAUCGAGGGAAAUGCUCCUGAAACUGGUGUUUUCAUUCUGAUUUUAUUUCAAAUUUUAAAAAAAAUAAAUAAGUGAAAAGAAAAAAAACCAAAAGGGGAGGGUUGGUGUCUUGAACACGUCAGCUGCAGUAAUGUUGUGCAGUGACCAAAUCGUAAUGGGGGGGCUGACAGCUGACUACAUGAUGACCAAACUAGGGAAACUGUUUUUCUUUUUGUCUGUGGGCCAGUGAGUGGAAAAGGGAGCUUUUUGGUCAGGAACAGAUUUGAAAUUAAAGGUAUGUACUGUAGAUAAAUUGACAAAAUGUGCUGGUAAAUGGGAAAAGCUUUGCAGAGAACAAUGUGAAACAGAUUCUAUACUUCAACUGGACCACACAAUGAUUGGUUGUCUUUCCUUCUUUUUAUUCCUUUACACAUUUGUAUCCUGUUGAAAUGAUUGUAUGCCACUCUUUAGGGGUUUUAGUGUCUUUUAUGAGGGAAGACUUUAUGAUUGUGUUUAGUUUUCUGUCAACUCAUUACUUUUUUUAUAUUAAAAAAACACUCCUGUCAACUAAUAA